AUGUAUUCCAGGGGUCUGCUUCCGUUGCUCCUGAGCGCAUUGAUUAGCUUGGUGGUGGCCACUCCAGUAUCACAUUUGGACCCCACUCUAUCACGGGUGUUCGACACAACCGACAAGCUACCUCUACCAAACCAGGGAAACUUGCGUGCACACGAUCCCAAUAUCCUGCAAUACAAUGGCAGUUUCUACCUCUUUAAAGGUGGUCCUCAUGUGCCGUUCUUCAAGGCAACCGACUUGAGCGGACCCUGGACCAAGAUCGGCACCGUCCUCGAUGGCGACAGUGUGAUCCACAUGGGAAAUCGGUCGCGCCCCUGGGCCCCGACCACUAUCGAGCGUGACGGCACUUUUUACUGCUACUAUACCCUCAGCUGGAGUGGGUCGCGUACAAGCGCUAUCGGUGUUGCCACCACGACCACACUAGACGGUAGCCCUUGGACCGACCAUGGCGCUAUGAUUCAUACGGGCCAUGGGCCAGGCUCACAAGUCUGGCCGUUUACCAUUACCAACGCCAUUGACGCGUCUUUCAUCACCGAUAAUUCAACUGGCAAAUCGUACCUCAACUACGGCAGCUUUUGGCACGAUAUCUGGCAACUUCCGCUCUCCGACGAUCUUCUCUCGAUUGAGAACCCCAAGGAUCCAGAUGCCGUGCAAUUGACCUUCAUACCACAUGAGAAAAUCAAGCCGGAAGAAGGCUCAUGGAUGAGCUAUCACGACGGCUAUUACUACGCCUGGUUCAGCCACGGCCAGUGCUGCCGCUUCAACGAGGGCUUCCCAGCGCGUGGCAUGGAGUACAGUAUCCGAGUAGGCCGGUCGCGGAACGUGCGCGGGCCUUUCGUGGAUAAAGAGAACCAGCUGUUACUUGAUGGCGGCGGGACGAUAGUCUACGCAUCCAAUCAUGGCAAGGUCUAUGCCCCCGGUGGGAUUGGCGUGUUGGCUGGGAAUGAUACUACACCGGAUAUUCUCUAUUAUCAUUACCUGAACACGUCGAUCGGGUUUACAGAUGCGGAUGCUCAUCUAGGCUGGAACGUUUUGAAGCACUCGGAUGGGUGGCCCUUUGUGGUUGAUGGUAUAGUCAGCACCGAUUCCGGGGCGAUGGAAUACCUACCGAACUGUUUCUAUCUAACGAUGUUGAUGUUUUCAUGGCUGUACAUAUGGUCAUAG